AUGGGUAUGCUUUUCUCGCACAUGCUUGAAAGGGUCCUUGGCAAGAAGGAGAUGCGAAUCCUUAUGGUCGGUCUCGAUGCCGCUGGUAAGACCACCAUACUUUAUAAGCUUAAGCUCGGGGAAAUCGUUACGACUAUUCCGACAAUUGGUUUCAACGUCGAAACUGUCGAAUACAAGAACAUUUCCUUCACCGUGUGGGACGUCGGAGGUCAGGACAAGAUCCGACCACUCUGGAGGCAUUAUUUCCAAAAUACUCAGGGCAUCAUUUUCGUCGUUGACUCUAAUGAUAGAGAACGUGUGUCUGAGGCAAGGGAGGAAUUGCAGAGGAUGCUAAACGAAGACGAGCUCCGUGACGCACUUUUGCUCGUCUUCGCCAAUAAACAGGAUCUACCGAACGCUAUGAAUGCCGCCGAGAUCACUGAUAAGCUUGGACUACAUGGAUUGAGACAAAGAACUUGGUACAUUCAGGCUGCAUGCGCCACCUCCGGGGACGGUCUUUACGAGGGACUCGAAUGGAUGAGCACAAAUGUCAGCUCACGUAAAGCCUGAUUAGUACACGACCUUGCACGACCCCCGAAAACGCAC